UGUUACUCCUUUGGACACGUGCCGAUCUGAUCUACAGGAGACUAAGAGCCCAAGGUUGAAACUUGCAAGGCAACCGGUGUGAACUCUGCACUUCGCUAGCUGGCUCAUCUCUAGUAGGCAGAGUGCCCUGCAAUAGACACUGUGGGGGAAGACCCUUGCUCUCAAUUUGAAUCAUCACGAGCACUAGCUAAGCAUAUAACCCGUGGGGAACAGCAUUUACUCCGUGCAACUGAAAAUUCUGAAAUAGACCAAGGCCUGGCGCCUUUGCUCUCAGUGGCUUCUGGCACAGAGGAGCAUUCUGGAGGGUGUCGGCCGUCACCCGAAGAGCAAGCUUCCUGAGUCCACCAACGUCCAGCCACUCCCGGAAGAGGUUUGGUGAAACAAGCCGCCCUGCCUCACUCCCUGUGAAUAAUUGGAUCAUGAUGCUUGGGCACCGCUGAUGGAAGAAAGGAACGUUUUAAAGAAAUAUGAGGUCCCGCCCUGACCACAGCUGCCCUUCAGGAGACUGGCCUGGAGCCACGGUCGGGCCACUGGGCUGCUUGUCAAGGGUGGGGCAGUGGCGACUUGCCGCCUUGCCUCGUCAGCCCGGCCUGGGGCUCCACCUGGCACUCGGCGUGGCCACAGAGAGAGCUCCAGGAGGAGCCCCGGUGCAGCAGGACCCCGGAGACCGGGAUCCAGAAGAAACCACAGGAGAGACCAGUCAAGGUUCUGAAACGACUCGAAGAAAUUGACAGAUCUGGAUGGCCACGCCCGACAGGAGAGUGGUCUCCAGACCCCGGGGACCUGGCUGGGGGCACCAGGGGAGCGGGGCCUGCCUGGGCUCCCUGGACGACCUGCCGUGUGAGGGGACCCAGGAGCUGGCACCGGCACAGCUGACCAUGCUGAGGAAGGCACAGGAGUUCUUCCAGACCUGUGAUGCCGAGGGCAAGGGCUUCAUCACCAGGAGGGAUAUGCAGAGGCUGCAUGAGGAGCUGCCCCUCAGCCUGGAGGACCUGGAGGACGUGUUUGAUGCCCUGGAUGCUGACGGCAAUGGCUUUCUGACCCCAGUGGAGUUCACCACUGGAUUUAGUCACUUCUUCUUCAGCCAGAAGCCGAGUGAGGAACAUGCUGCUGAGCACCUGGCCCAGCUCCAGGAAGAGAAGGUGUAUCAGACCAGAGGGUGUGAGGGUCUGGGUGACAUGGACGAAGAUGAGGAAGGCCAGUUCCAGAUGCUGAUGGACAGGCUUGGAGCCCAAAAGGUUUGGGAAGAUGAAAAUGAUGUCAAGAAACUCUGGCUGCAGCUGAAGAAGGACGAGCCUCACUUACUGUCCAACUUUGAGGAUUUCCUGACCAGAAUCUUCUCGCAGCUCCUAGAAGCCCACGAGGAGAAGAAUGAGCUGGAGUGCGCCCUGAAAAAGAAAAGUGCUGCCUAUGAUGAAGAGAUCCAGCACCUGUACGAGGAGAUGGAACAGUUAAUCAAAAGCGAGGAAGAGCAGUUUCUCCUGAAGGACACGGAGAGGUUCCAGGCGUGCAGUCAGGAGCUGGAACGGAAGCUGUUCUCCAAGGAGCAGGAACUGGAGCGGCUCAUCCAGAAGCAGAAGCGGCUGGAAGGCCAGUGCACCGCCCUGCACAACGACAAGCACGAAACCAAGGCUGAGAACGCCAAGCUGAAGCUCACCAACCAGGAGCUGGCUGGGGAGUUGGAGCGGACGUCCUGGGAGCUGCAGGAUGCCCAGCAGCAGCUGGAAAGCCUCCAGCAAGAGGCCCGAAAACUCCACCAGGAGAAGGAGAUGGAAGUGUACCGCGUCACGGAGAGUCUGCAGCGGGAGAAGUCAGGGCUCCUGAAACAGCUGGAUUUCCUAAGGGAAAGGAACAAGUAUCUUCGGGAUGAACGGGACAUAUGUUUUCAGAAAGACAAGGCAGCCAAGGCAAACACAGCUGCUUCCAAGGCAAGCCAGAAGCAGCGAUCUGGCUCUGUGAUCGGCAAAUAUGUGGAUGGCGGAGGGAUGCUCAGAAGCCAGUCAGAGGAGGAGGAAGAUGUGUUUGGCAUCCUGCGGAGGAGAAGCUCCCUGGGCCUGAGUGGGCACCCCCUUACAGAAGAGGGGCCGGGGACCGGGGGUCUGCUGCCCCAGCCGCUCCGCAGAAUCAUGUCCAUUGAAGAGGACCCGCUGCCCCAGCUGCUGGGGGGCGGCUCUGAGCAGCCACUGGGCCAAUGCCCGGAAGAAGGGGAGGCCUCCGACCGGGGGGCGGAGGGACAAAUCGGGCCGUCCCGACCUCUGGACCUCAUGCCUGCGUCUCCCCAAGGGCAGCCUGUCGGAAAAGAGACCCCGUCUAAGGAGGAAGGCUCUGUGUCCACCCCAGACCGGCUCUUCAAGAUCGUGUUUGUGGGCAAUUCCUCCGUGGGGAAGACGUCCUUCCUGAGCCGGUUCUGCGACGGCAAGUUCUCCCCGGGUUCAGCAGCCACCAUGGGCAUCGAUUACCGCAUGAAGACCGUGCGUGUGGACGACUCGCGGGUGGCCCUGCAGCUGUGGGACACGGCGGGGCAGGAGAGGUAUCGCUGCAUCACCCAGCAGUUCUUCCGCAAGGCCGACGGCGUCGUGGUCAUGUAUGAUCUCACAGCCAGGCAGUCCUUCCUGGCCGUGCGGCCGUGGCUGAGCAGCGUGGAGGAAGCUGUGGGAGACCGCAUUCCCGUUCUUCUGCUGGGCAACAAAGUUGACAACGAGAAGGAGCGGGAAGUGCCACGGGGCCUGGGAGAGCAGCUGGCCAAGGAGCACAACCUGAUCUUCUACGAAUGCAGUGCCUAUUCCGGUCACAACACCCAAGAGUCCGUGCUCCAUCUGGCCAGGAUCCUCAAGGAACAAGAAGACACAGUGAGGGAGGACACCAUUCAGAUUGACCGCCCCGCCAAGAAGAAAGCCUGCUGUGGCUGAUACGGGUCCCCUAGGACUCCCACCCAGGCCUGAGGCCACAGGGCCUACCCUGCGUCCUGCACAGAUGCCCUCACCAGGGCCCACCCAGACCUUUAUCCUUGUCAGCGAUGUCCCCCACCCCAAAGGAAGGAAAACACAUCCCGUCAGGAAAGCUGCUCUUGGAGCAUCUUGGGGUCUUUCUCCCCCUUCUCUGUCUAGACCCAGUUGCCUAUUCCUUUCUUGUUUCUCCCCCCAGCUUGGUUUCCUGGGGAAACGACAGAUGGGCUUUUCCAGAGAAGCCACCACGUGCCUUUCCCACCUCCCUUCUCGCCCCCUGCCCUUAGGAGCCUCGGCACUGAGGUUGCCAUGGCAACUAAGCAAGGCAGACUUGCUACUUCCUGUAGGCCAAAGACACAGCACUGGGGCAGCUGGUCUGGCCUUGGAGCCUGUUCUCUGGAUGGCAGUGGGAUACCCUUGGCAGGUGCUUCGUGGACGUUGAGAUGCCCGCGGGUGUUGAGAAAAGCACACUGGGGCACCUGCAUCCUGUCCCAGCCUCUCCCCCCACUGGUCCUGCUCCUUCCCAAGCUUCCGGGCCCCUCCUCUCUCAGCAGCCACCAUGCCUCCAGUAUUUGUCCCCUUGGGUUCUCUGAAGCCAUGCCUUCUAAAAACCACAGGCUUUGCUCCCCACCGCCCACCCAGACCCCUGACGCCAAGGUGGAGUGUGGGAAUAAAGGUACGCCUGGGGUCAGGGAGUGGCUUACUAACUGCUUGACUUCGAGGAGGAGAUGAAAAGAGAACCAGGGCAACAAAACCAUCUGUUGCUAAACAGAGAGGCCGUGUCUGAGGGUAUAAAUAAGUAUACAUAGCUGUGUAAAAGCCAUUUUCUAAAUGUUUCUCAAAAUAGCUCUUCAAAAUGUGUGCGUGGUGAUUAACAGGGUAGAUUGCCAGGCGGGCAGGGAGGCCCAACACCAGGUCCGUAGUUACUGAUUUCACUUUAUGUUACUUUUUUCUAGAAGGCUCUAUUUUCUUUUUAAAGUGUGGCUGUGAUGUUGACAUUUUGCUGGGGUCUGAGCGUGAACAGAGGGUAGCUGUCGGCCUUGGCACCCCUGUGAGGGCCCCGGCAACGGGCACUUGGAUGGAGGGGACUGAUCUGGGCCCGUGUGUGGGCCCGUCCGCUAGGUGGUGAGGUCCCAACCCCUGGCAGCGCUCCAGCGUCACUGGCUGGUGUCCAGGGGGUUGGCAAGGGCACUCUUGCCCUGGCUGGGAGUUUGGAUGCAAUGAUCAUAAAUAUCACUGCCUAUGACCAUUCUAGGGCUAGCCCCAGGCCCCCCGUAGGAAAUUGGGUGAUGUCCAUGUGCGGUGGGGCAUGCAGGAAGGAAGAGAGCAGAAAGUAUCCACGGGCCUCCAAGAAGAUGAUUCACGACACCUGCACACAGCCAGCCCGACCGCGGGGCGGGAGGGAAAGCCACCGGCCAGAGCUCCCAAGGUUAUUCCUGUGGCCUCUUUCCCAAACCAGCCUCAGGGUCAGAGCCCAUGGGCCACAAGCAAGCGCUAGCCGCCACGUGCAGACUUUUUCUCUCGUCCAGCCUUUGCAGGCCCCUGGGAGCCCACAGAGGUGGGGGACAAAAGCCAGCACUGGGCACCAGGAGGUGCCCAGGACCUUGGGUAAGCCUGCUCCCUCCCGGGCCCCCGUCGCAUCAGUAAAAUAAGGGGUGGGUUGUUUCAUGUUUCAGGAUCUUCCUGUUCAGAGGGCUUGUGUCUGACUUAUGCUGGCCCCCAGUCCAGGUGUGAAGGGACCCACAGGAAGCUCCUUUCCCUAAGAGAGGGCACUGCUGAUGGUCUCACUAGUGGGAUGGGUCACCCAGAAGUGGCUCUCCAAUGUCUGUGUGUGUGCAUGUGGAGGGCAGGCGGAAGAGAGGGGGCAGCAUGGAGAAAGUGAACAAGCUCUCCCACUUCCGACAAAAAACAGAGAUGUCAACGGGACUCAUGGGGCCAGCAGGCUGUAGCCGGGGCUCCCUAAGCCCACAGGUGCCUGUGUACCCAGACAGUAGUCCCUGGCUUGGGUUUCGAGCAGGGUGGGCUUACCCUAGUGCCUGGCCUUCCGGCAUGUUGGGUAAAUCACCACGAACCCUCAAAGAUCCAGGCAGAAAGAGGGGCAGGAAGGGUCGUUAGGCCUCUGCUGCUUCCUUCUCCAACCCCACCUGAAAAAAAAAUGGCAGAGAGGGACCUCAGAGAGACUCUCAGAAGUUCUGUGUCCCUAGGUCUCAGCUGCCCCUUCCCUCCCUAUUCCUUUGAAACAACCCCAGUGGCCGCCAGCCCGGCCCAGAGCCUAGCACUGUGUGUCAGAAAAGCCUCCUAGCUCCACCCCCUUGCUGCUGGCAUGACCCUGAGCAAGUCCCUUAAGUAGGUUUCCUGUCUGUCUGUAGACGGGAGGUCUCCAUGUCUACCUCACAGGGAUGUUUAGGGAUCACGGGAGGCAGUGCGUGUGAAGUGCCCAGAGCACAUAGGUGCUGACAAGGAGGGGCUAUGGUCAUGGUCAAGGUGGAGUUUCUGCCCAGACCCCUUGCCUUGCCUCAGUUUCAGAUUUCAUAGCAGCUAACACUAAGUGUCCUCGUAACUGGGAACUGCACGGACACCACCUCGUUUGUGCGCCUGCUUGUCCAGCCCAUCCCCCCGGCUUCUGAGCUUGUGUCCGGCACUGCCUCUUGGCCCUGCCUGUCUUUGUCCUGCGGGUUUCCUGGUUCUCCAGUCGGACCCACGUCCCACCACUCUCCCUCCCUGCCGUGGUUCUCCCGGACUCAGCCCGUUCCGGUGCUUACCCAGGGAUGCUCUGUGCUCGUCGGCAUCCCUGGCCCCAUGCUCGCUCCCCGAUUCCGAUUCCUUGGGCUUCUCCCGGGUCUGCUGCUGCCUUCACCCUGAGGGGCCACCACGAGCUCCAUCACCACACCGACAGCCCUGUCGCUUUGCUCCUCGUCCCGCACUUAUUUCCCCUCACAGCCCCUCUGGGGUCUUUUCUGUUCCUCUGUGAUACCCCGACUUUCUCCCACUCUCCCCGCCCUGUACUCUUUCCCCGGUGUUCAUACCUCUGCCCAAUCUUGGAGUCCCCUCCCCCCUUCUCUCCCCCAGGCCCACAGGCGGCGUCUGCAUCCUCCAUCAUAAAUGGCUCAACCCUUUGUCUCUGUCAUGAGUGGUCACUGCUCCAAAGGGCCUUAAACCAAUUUCAGCUAAGGCGUUAAUGCCAGUGGUGUCCAGGGCCAUAUUGAUACUUUAACAAAGAACUCUAAAGGAGAGAAAACUUUAACUCAAAGGAAUAAAUCCUUAGUGCUAGACUAUCAAGCACCCUAGUGAGUCAUGGGGGUCAAAUAUUUAGGACAGAGCUGCUUCUCCUGUACUCCUCUUAAAGAUCUCAGUUUGCUUCAUGUACUCUGGGGCUCUAUUUCUAAGUCCUUAUAUAUUUAAAAAAAAUGUUUAUUGGAGUAUAUAGUUGAUUUAAAAUGUUGUGUUAGUUUCUGUUAUACAGUAAAGUGAAUCAGUUAUACCUA